AUGUACUUCUCCAAGACUGCUGUUGCGUUGGCUGCGGUGCUGCCCUUGGCCACCGCGCAGACCUACACAGACUGUGACCCUCUCAACAAGACCUGCCCUGCUGAUACGGCUUUGAGCUCCACCACCUUCACCACUGAUUUCACCACUGGCUCUUUCAGUGGCUGGAUUGCUACCGCCAACAAUGUCACCUUUACCGAUGAGGGUGCCAACUUCGUCAUCAGCGAGAAGGGUGAAGCUCCCACCAUUGAGACCGAUUUCUACUUCUUUUUCGGCAAGGCCGAGGUUGUCAUGAAGGCCGCCAGUGGUACCGGUAUCUGCAGCAGUGUUGUCCUGGAGUCGGAUGAUCUCGACGAGAUUGACUGGGAAGCUCUUGGUGGUGACACCACUCAGAUUGAGACCAACUACUUCGGCAAGGGUGACACAUCCUCCUACGACCGUGCUACCUGGGCAACCGUGUCGACCCCCCAGGAGACCUUCCACACUUACACCGUUGAGUGGACUGAAUCCGCCACUACCUGGAGCAUCGACGGCACUGUUGUGCGCACCCUUGCCUACAGCGAUGCCCAGAGCGGUACUCGCUACCCCCAGACUCCCAUGCGCUUGAAGCUUGGUAUCUGGGCUGCUGGUGACUCCUCUGAGCCCGAGGGUACCAUCGAAUGGGCCGGUGGUGAGACUGACUACUCCGACGGUCCCUUCACCAUGACUGUCAAGUCUGUCAGCAUCACCAACUAUAACCCUGGCUCCUCCUACACCUACUCCGACAAGACCGGUGACUACACCAGCAUUGUCGUCAACAACGGUACCUCCAGCUCUAGCGUCAGCUCCACCACCGGCUCGACCUCCAGCUCUACCUCCAGCUCCACCAGCUCCUCCUCCAGCUCUACCUCCAGCUCCGACUCUACCUCCAGCUCCGGCUCUACCUCCAGCUCCGGCUCUAGCACCAGCUCUGGCUCCAGCACUAGCGCUUCCAGCGCCGCUGCCGCCGGCUCCUCCUCUGCCCUCAUUGGAUCUGGCUCCAGCACCAGCAGCGGCUCCUCCGCCGCUGGCUCUGGCGCCGCCUCUGCUUCGGGCUCUGCCUCUGCUUCCUCCAGCGCUAGCGCCAGCGCCUCCCCCGUCUACACCGGUGCUGCCACCCAUGUCGGCGCCUCCACCAGUGUUCUCUUCGCUGGUCUCCUCGCCGCCCUUUUGUAA